UUCUCCCAUCUCCACGUUUUUCGACUGCCUCUUUCCUCUUUUUUGUCCAUUCAGCUCUUGGUUCCGCUUUAAACCAUCGCCAGCACUUUCAAUAAAAAAAAUAGACAUGGCUUACAGCACACGGCAGAGGCAGCAAAAUGCCUGGCAACGGAAUCAACUUUUUGCUGAGAGCAACACACCAUCAUCAUCAGGGCGAAGCACACCUUAUGACCCAGCACGCAUGUCGGACCGGGAAUUACUUUCAUUGGAAAGUCAAAACGAUGAGGAGCUUUCCGGAUUGCAUUCCAAGGUAGCAAUGCUAAAGAAGAUCACAAUGGACAUUGGACAAGAAGUUCGUGAUUCAACGACUUUCAUUAGUGAAUUGGAUCAAGACUUUGGACGGACAGGAGGAUUAUUGAACACAACGUAUACACGACUAAAGGUCAUGGCAUCAACACAGAAUGGUCGAUACAUGUGCUAUAUGGUCUCAUUUUGCAUUUUCGUGUUUUUCUUUGCUUAUUUCUUCAUAUACCGCCGUUAAUUGCAUAUACAUGUCUGUUAAUUUGAUG